UAUUUCACUGGCAGGCAACAAUUAUGGGACCGCCAGACAGUCCGUACCAAGGAGGUGUAUUUUUUCUAACCAUACAUUUCCCAACAGAUUACCCAUUCAAACCACCCAAAGUGGCUUUUACAACACGCAUAUAUCACCCCAACAUCAACAGUAAUGGUUCGAUUUGCCUCGACAUUUUACGAUCUCAAUGGUCACCCGCAUUAACUAUAUCGAAAGUGUUGUUAUCUAUUUGCUCUCUGCUAUGUGAUCCUAAUCCAGACGAUCCCCUCGUACCAGAGAUUGCUAGAAUAUACAAAACGGACCGAGAAAAAUACAAUGAGCUUGCGCGGGAGUGGACACGAAAGUAUGCUAUGUGAUGCGUUCCAGAAUAUAACCUAGAAAACCACAAAAACAACAACAACAAAAACAACCAGAGAACCAAUAGUAACCACAACAAAAACAGAAUGCAACACCCAAUUGUAUCAGAAUUGCUACUCGUACUACUCCUUCUACUGCUGUUCCAAACUCCGCCGCCGUCACAACAACCCAUCCGUCGUGAGCUGAUGACUGAAAGUGAACAACUGCUACCGAUAGGCGACGACGACGACAUCGGAAAGGAAGCUGGUGGUGGCCCCAUCAUCACCGACUACUUGAUGCAGCCCGGUAAUCCUGGUGGUUACGGCUGCUUCGUUGAUGGCGACCCUGGUGGUGGCGGAAGUGGCAAUAUUAUGAUGAUUCUUCUCCCCUCUUCUACCAGCAAAAUUCAGAUCAAAUUACACCGCCAAAUUCCUUUCCCAUGUCCUCGUCGUCGUCGUCGUCGUCCUGGUCGUACUCUUCUUAUUCUUCGUGAUUUGCAUCAUCGUCGUCAGUGGCUAGAAGGGCGAUCGUAUCGAAGUUAUUGAGCAAAAAAAAACAGCUAAAUUAAUAAUGCAAAUACGAUACGUUUAAAACAUUAUUUAUUACUGCAUACCAACAGAAAAACCGAAAUGUCACAUAAACACGAUUAUCAGCUGGAUAACAACAAGAUAGGCAAAAUUGAGCAUUACCUUCAUGAACCAUAGCUGCAGAUAAAGAAGCUGAAAAACAAAACAAAAAAGUAAAUAAAUCUAUUGAUUACUCGUAAAACCAA